CCCUUCUCAAAAGAGAAAGUAGCCCAAACCGGCAGCCUCCUGGGCCAAGUGUGUGCCUUCUUUCAGCUCCUCCUAUUUCCUUCUCCAGUGUGGCUGUUUAGGGAGGGGAGUCACCGGCUGUUGGACCUGGAAGAGCUUGGAGAUCAUCUGCAGAAACAUGACUCAGGAAAGCAGUUAUGGGAGGUGGACUGUUUCCAGCAGUGAUGAAAGUGAAAAUGAAAAAACACCCAUUGAGAAACCUUCUACCUCUUCUCUGCCCAGUUUUGGGCAAGAUGUGCUGAAUGAUCCGGGGUACACAUGUUCUGAUGCCCGGAAAGCUGCUUACCGAAGGAAAUUAUCACCAGUGAAAUUUGACAGUAAAAAUUCAACUUCCAAAAUCUCAUCCCUUAAAAGGCAGAAGAGUUCCCAGGAAGAUUUAGGCUGGGGCCUGUCGAGUAGCGAUGAGGAAGAGUCCCACCCAAAAGGCCAAUCUAGGCAACCGGGGAAAGGGACAGUCAAAGAGGAAAAAUGUACAUCUCUGAAAGAACCAUCUAAAUACAGUCCCAGAGAUUGCCAGCCUCCUGUCAUCCCAAAGACCGAAGAGGACUAUGAGACUUCAGAUGAAGCCCAAGAACCUUGGGACCUUUUGGAUGAAAAGAACCUGUUCAGAUUUUAUCUCACGAGAGUCUCAGGAAUUAUGCCGAAGUAUAACUUGGGAGCGCUCCACAUUAAAGAUAUUUUAUCUCCUCUCUUUGGGACACUGUUGUCUUCAGCUCAGUUUAACUACUGCUUUGAUGUGGCCUGGCUUGUAAGACAGUACCCACUAGAGUUCAGGAAGAAGCCCAUCUUGCUUGUGCAUGGGGACAAAAGAGAAGCCAAGGCUCGAUUGCAGGAGCAGGCAAAGCCGUAUGAAAACAUCUCCCUUUGCCAGGCCAAGUUGGAUAUUGCAUUUGGAACUCAUCAUACGAAAAUGAUGCUGCUGUUAUAUGAAGAAGGCCUUCGAGUUGUUAUCCAUACUUCCAAUCUUAUUCAGGCUGAUUGGCACCAAAAAACUCAAGGAAUAUGGCUCAGCCCUUUAUAUCCACGACUACCAUAUGGAACACCCAGUACUUGUGGUGAAUCACCAACAAACUUCAAAUCUGAUCUGAUAAGUUACUUAAUGGCUUACAAUGCUCCUCCUCUCAAAGAAUGGGCAGAUAUCAUCCAAGAGCAUGAUCUUUCCGAAACAAGAGUUUAUCUUAUUGGGUCAACUCCUGGACGAUUUCAAGGGAAUCAUAAAGAAGACUGGGGUCAUUUUCGGCUCAGGAAGCUUCUGAAAGAGCACACCUCAUUGGUACCCGAGCAGCAAUCUUGGCCCAUUGUAGGCCAGUUCUCAAGCAUUGGCUCCUUGGGAGCUGAUGAGUCCAAAUGGCUUUGUGCUGAGUUUAAAGACAGUCUGGUGAUUGUAGGAAAUCGUGGAAAGACUGAAGCACAGCGUGAUGUCCCUCUCCAUUUGAUUUAUCCCACAGUGGAGAAUGUCCGGAAAAGUUUGGAAGGAUAUCCUGCUGGUGGCUCUCUUCCAUACAGCUUACAAACCGCAGAGAAACAACUUUGGCUCCACUCCUAUUUUCACAAAUGGUCAGCAGAAACCUCAGGUCGUACCAACGCCAUGCCUCACAUUAAGACCUAUAUGAGACUCUCUCCAGACUUUGCAAAGAUGGCUUGGUUUCUUGUCACAAGUGCAAAUUUAUCUAAGGCUGCUUGGGGAGCUUUGGAGAAAAAUGGUACCCAGCUGAUGAUCCGAUCUUACGAACUUGGAGUUCUUUUUCUCCCUUCAGCAUUUGGAAUGGAUACCUUCAAAGUCAAGAGGAAAGUCUUUUCAGAAAACCAGGAGCCAGCAACCUCUUUUCCUGUGCCUUAUGAUUUGCCUCCAGAAAUUUACGACCAUAACGAUCGUCCAUGGAUUUGGAAUAUCCCCUAUAUUAAGGCACCAGACACCCAUGGAAAUAUGUGGGUUCCAUCAUGAAAAGCUUAAAGCAGCCUGAAGUAGGAAAAUCAGACAGAUACAGAGCCCAGACACUGGAUUCUUUCUCAUUCUCGGGUAUAAAAUUACACAGAGAAUGUCCAUUUAAAAAAAAUAAAUAACCAUAUGGAAAAAGUAUUGAACAAGACAACUUUAAGAAAAUCUGUCCAAGGAACUAAAGGUGAUGGUCUUUCCUGGAUGUAUUAUUACUAAAACAACAUAUUAUAUUUUAACUCACUUUGUUAUACAUACAUUUUGAAUUGGGGCUAUUAAAGUUAAAAAAUGCUUAAAAGAAAUUACAUUUUAAAAGAGCCUCAAUGUUGUCCAGAUUCAAACUUGUCUCAGUAAGUUUUAAUCCAAAGUUGUUCAUGUUUCUUUAUUAUGUUCCCACUGUCCACUGUGAAAGAUGCUGUUUGUACAACUGAAACUCCUAAAGAGUAAAUAAAUGAUAAUUUAGUUAAA